AUGGGAAGAAGGGGCGUGUCGUACAUUCCUCAGAAAUGGAACAAAUACUUCAAUAUUCGGGAUGAUGUUGAGAUAGCGAGUGGGAAAGCGAUAACGGAAGACGUUCGUUGUCAAUGUCUUGCUGUUGAUAUGCGUGGUCAUGGUGACACGCAAUGCAAAGACGAGAGCGACUAUUCUAUCGAGACUCUGGCAAACGAUAUAAUUCAAAUUAUAUUUGCCAUGUUUCCUACUGAAGCUCCACCGAUUAUUUUAAUUGGCCACAGUAUGGGUGGCGCUGUCGCUGUGCAUGUGGCCCAAAAAAGGGCCAUACCUUCGUUUGCUGGUCUCGUUGUUGUUGAUGUUGUUGAGGGUACCGCCCUUGAAUCACUGUACAGCAUGACCACCUUUCUUCGCAGCAGACCUCAGGGCUUUCGUUCACUUGUCGACGGUAUCUCUUGGUGUGUACGUAGUGGCCAAAUUCACAAUGUGGAAUCGGCGUGCAUCUCCUUCCCUGGUCAGUUGAAACGUAUUACCACAGGCGAGAGUGCCACGCGCGAGUUAGACAAGGGCACAGCACUGAUCGAUGCUAAUGAUUUUUGCGGUCCAACCUCCUGUCCGUCUUCCUCUUCCUCCACCACCACUAUCUCUUCCCAUUCCUCCAAACCCUUUACUUCCAGUACAACUGCCAUCUCAGAAGAAGAGGAACAGGAGGAGAAUGAGGAAGAAUCAUUGGUAUCGCGCUUCGUAGAGAAAGGCAACGGUGAAAUGAGGUCAUCCCAGUCUCUUUCUGGUUCUCAUCCCCUUCCACCGAUACGUACGCCAACCGCAGAAACUGCUGUUAGGCCAUCCGUGCCAGUCUCAGAUACCAUGGGUGCCUACACUUGGCGGAUAGAUCUCUCCAAGACUGAGCCCUUUUGGCAUGGUUGGUUUUCCAACAUGUCUUCGCUCUUCUUAUCUGUUCCGGAGCCUAAGCUUCUUCUCGUGGCUGGAGUCGAUCGGCUAGACAAGGAAUUGACUAUCGCUCAGAUGCAAGGUAUUAGUCGUCACUUUGUUCUGCCCCUAGUCGAUUAUUUUCUAUUGUUCUUGAGCUUUAUUCAAAAUGCUAGCAUUUAG